ACGCAGCCGCUUCGGAGCGCCAGGCGGCGGAGCCAGCGAGCUCCCGGGGCCGCGAGCGGCGGCGGGACCCAGGCGGCGGCGCGGCGCGGCGCGGCGGGCGGACACCGGCGGGGGCCCCGCGCGGGACCAGGUGGGGACGCGGGGGCGGCGAUGGGCCGCCGUCGCCUGCCGGUCUGGUUGUGCGCCGUCGCGGCGCUGCUCUCGGGGGCGCAGGCCAAGGGCACCCCGCUCCUCGCGCGGCCCGCGCCGCCCGGUGCGUCCCGCUACAGCCUCUACACGACGGGAUGGCGCCCGCGACUGCGCCCGGGGCCGCACAAGGCCCUCUGCGCCUACGUGGUGCACAGGAAUGUGACCUGUGUCCUACAGGAGGGAGCAGAGAGCUACAUAAAGGCUGAGUACCGGCAGUGUGGAUGGGGGCCCAAGUGCCCCGGGACAGUCACGUACCGCACAGUGCUCAGACCCAAAUACAAAGUUGGCUACAAGAAGGUGACGGAACUCUCCUGGCGUUGCUGCCCUGGGCUCACUGGAGAAGGCUGCCCUGAGCACCUCACAGACCACGGGGCCGCCCCACCCCAGUCGGAGCCUGAGCCCCAGAUUCCCUCCGGGCAGCUGAGCCCAGGCCCCAGGCCCCCUCCUAGCAGAGCCACCCCCAGCCCUUACGGAAGGAAAGGCCUGGGGUUGUUUGGUGAGCGGCUGGAACGCCUGGAGGGUGAUGUCCAGCGCCUGGCGCAAGCAUAUGGUACCCUCAGCGGCCUGGUGGCCAGCCACGAGGACCCCAACAGGAUGACCGGUGGCCCCAGAGCUCCCGAUCCCCAGGUGGGCUUUGGAGGCAUCCCCGAGGGGUUUGUGAACCCUGGAGACAGAGCUGGAAGGCCACUCACACCUCCUCUGGAUGAGAUCUUGAGCAAGGUGACGGAGGUGAGCAACACACUGCGGACCAAGGUGCAGCUGCUGGACGAGGUGCACGGGCUGGCCCUCGGCCACGAGGCCCGCCUGCAGCAGCUUCGGGAGGCGCCCCCAUCUCCGCUCACCUCCCUGGCCCUGUUGGACGAAUAUGUGGACCGACGGCUGCAUCAACUCUGGGGGAGCCUGCUGGAUGGCUUCGAGCAGAAGCUGCAAGGCGUCCAGAGCACAUGCGACCUGCGGGUGGAGGAGGUGCGGCAGCAGUGCGAGGAAGGUCAGGCGGCCAGCCUGAGGCUGCACCAGAGCCUGGAUGGCCGGGAGCUGGCCCUGCGCCGGGAGCUCUCACAGCUGGGCACCCGGCUGCAGGGCCUGAGCGUGGCUGGUAGGGGCAGCUGCUGCAGCCAACUAGCCUCGGUCAGUGCCCGCAUGGACAGCCUCGAGAGCAACCUGCAGGCCGUCACUGAGGUCCAAAGGGGCCAUGGCCCCAGCACCAGGGAUGAGCUCACGCGGCUCUCUGCUGCCAUGCUCGAGGGGGGUGUGGAUGGAUUUCUUGAGGGCCUGGAGACCCUCAAUGGGACAGAGAGUGGAGGGAGGGGCUGCUGUCAGGGCGUGAAGGAGGGGGGCGGGGGCGGUUUCAGGACCCUGCUGGAAGAGCGUGUGCACAGCCUGGAGGAGCGCCUGCUGACACUGGCUGGGGAGCUAAGCCGUGACAGUACCCCACCAGGCAGGCCGGCAGGGCCCCUGGUGCAGACAGAACUCGCUGUGCUGGAACAACGGCUGGUUUCGCUGGAGACCUCAUGUACCCCCAGCACCACCUCAGCUGCUCUGAACAACCUCGUGGCAGAGGUGAAGGCCUGGCAGAGCCAGAUUGAGGUCCUUCUCCGCCAGGUGGCUAGCCACACAGCCUUACUCCAGCAGCUCAAUGGCACUGUGGCCGAGGUCCAGGGGCAGCUGGCAGAAGCAACGGGCAGCUCACUCCAGGGCGAGAUCACCCUGCUCAAGGUCAAUCUGAACUCCGUGAGCAAGUCACUCACAGGCCUCAGCGACUCCGUCAGCCAGUACUCCGAUGCCUUCUUAGCCACCAACACCUCCCUGGACGAGCGGGAACGCAAGGUGGAGGCCGAGGUCCACGCCAUCCAGGAGCAGGUCAGCAGCCAAGGCUCACGGCUUCGAGCUGGCCACAGGCAGGUCCUGAGCCUGCGGGGGGAGCUGGAGCAACUCAAGGCCGGUGUGGCCAAUGUGGCUGGCGGCCUGAACCGCUGCCAGGACACAGCCCAGGAACUCCAGCUGGCAGUGGGCCAUUUCGAUCAGAGGGUGGCACAAGUGGAGGGUGUGUGCGGGAAGCUGGGCCCAGUGGCUGCAGACCUAAACAGCUUGCCCACUGAUUCGCUCAGGCCCAGGGAGGGCCUCUGGGGCCAUGUGGAUCAGCUGAAUCGCACGCUGGCCCAGCACGCACAGGACAUCGCCCGCCUCCGGGAUGACCUGCUAGAUUGCCAAGCCCAGCUGGCUGAGCAGGGGAGGCCAGGGCGGGCCAACUAGGCAGGCUGGACAGGACCCAACACCCAGAUCCUACCAACCCUGGGGACAUCACCCCAGAGCCCAGACCAUGCUUCCCAGCCUCCCUUGGCCAUUGCAGAGGCCAUUGCAGAGGCCACUGAAGGAACAGUCUUGGUCCAGCUCCGCGUGACUGUCUCAGACAUCAACACCCAUGCUCACUGCCACACCAACUGGACAGUUCAGGAUAGUGGUCAAGGCGAGUACAACAUGCCUGCAGGCAAGGGUGCACCUAGGAGACCUCACAAUCCAGUUUGCCACUUGCCCUUCUGCAGACAUGAGUUGGCAUCUGGGCAAAGACUGCAGGUCCAUUCUCAGACAGUGGCCUGUCCACAUCUCCCUUUGCCCACGGGCAGUCGGCCCGAGGCCAUGGAGGCUCCUGAUUCCUUUGUCCCCUUAGCUUCUCUCCCCUGUCAUCUGCAGGAAGGUGCUGCCCAUUGGCACUGUCCUCACACCUGGCAGCUUCACAGAUGCUAUUUCUGAACCAAGGACCAGAGGCUUCCACCACCACAGGUCCUUCCGGGCAGAACAGAAGCACAGACUCAGGCACAAGU